AUUAUUUGUUUACUCAGAAGAAAUGUCUUACCUACUUCUAUUAAUGUCGGCGUUUUUGUGUCCCUCUUUCAUAACAUAUUUAACGUUAAUUAUUUAUCUUAACAAUGCCUGUGCAAAUCAACUAGCUUCUUCUGCACCAUUAUUUUUCUCAAAAUUUCAUUUCCUUCUUGUUUAGUUUAAUCAAAAAUCAGAAACAUCACAACAUGGGAAAAGAUGCCGAAGAACAAUUAAGCCUAAACAAAGCUUCCAAGGAUGGUGAAGUUGUAGAAUAUUCCCUGUUACCCCCUAUACCAAAAUCACCAAUCAACAGCAGACCAAACAGCAUGGUGAUUAAGAAGGCAAAUACUGUAAUUCCAGCGCAUUUGGUGGCAGAAGCGAUAUCAACACUCCAUGGGCUUGAUUUAAGAUGGUCAGGGCCAAUAACACCAAGUGAAAUGCAAUAUGUUCAACAAUAUGUUUUGGCCAAGUACCCUGAAUAUUGCAAUGGACUUGUGGAAGAAGGAGAUAAAAUUGAUCUUUAUGCACUUUGUAUAAACGAUGAAUCCUCAGAAUCAUCGGCUAAUGAAAAGGGAAAAUCCCCGAGGAGAGAGUCCUCAUCGUCUUCUUUUGGCAAUAGUAAUUCAGAGUUGGGAAAAAUCCAAUUGGAGCCAUCAAGAUUGCUAGAUAUCCUCACCAAGAAAACUUCAUACCAAGGGAAUUUCAUUUCAAUCCCAGAAAUUCAAGUCCGUAAUCGUGCUUUGCAACAAUGUGGACUAAGUGAAGAGGAGUAUUUAGUUGUUUUUGCACUUACAUUUAAAGAAGCCAUGAUGAUGAUUGGAGAAUGUUACCCUUUCUUCAGGGGAAAUUACUACAUGACAAUUCUUGGUGAAGAGUAUGAUUGCAUAAGGGAAUUUGUUACUUUUAAAGAUUCCAAAGUGAUUGCAGCACCAGAAACAUGGCUUGAUUUGAGGAUCAAAGGAUCACAACUUAGCCAAUAUUUUAGGAGGAAAUCAAAGCAUAGUCCAAAAGGGCUAUUUGCCUAUCCAGCUUAUGUGGAAGAAACGCGUUAUUCAAUGCAUUGGAUCUCAGAAGCUCAUAGAAAUUCAUGGCAUGUUCUGUUAGAUGCUUCUGGUUUGGAUGCAGGAAAAGAAAGAUUGUCUUUAGCAUUACAUCGGCCGGAUUUCAUGUUAUGUACAGUUGAUAAUACUCAUGCUCAGCCCUCUAAAAUCACCUGCCUUCUCGUAAGGAAACAAUCCUUUGAACUGCAGCUUCUUCAACAAAUUAAUUUACUCGGGUUGAAAAGUGAGGGCAACUCAAGUGGUUGAGCACCUCUGCCAUCAAUUCAUAGGUUGAUGGGUCGAAUUACGAUGGAUAGUAAGUGAAAAUACUAUUGAUCCUUUAAUGGGUGAUGGGGUGGGUAGGAAAAAAAAUUAAAAAAAUCUCAGGGUUAAGGAAGAAAGUUAAAAAGAGGACAACUACAAUGUAUCUUUGUGCAUGUAUAAUUCUCUGUUUACUGAUGUUUUAAAACAGAGUGAGACAAUUUCUACUAGUUUUCAUUUGCUUCGAAUAUGAUUAUAUACAUCCUUGAGAUGUUACAUUUUCUUGAAAAA